AUGUCGACCCUGAAGCCGAAGCAUCGCCCCUUCUGCUUCAGCGUAAAAGGCCACGUGAAGAUGCUGCGGCUGGCGCUAAAUGUGACAUCCAUGACCUUUUUUAUCAUUGCACAAGCCCCUGAACCAUACAUUGUCAUCACUGGAUUUGAAGUCACUGUUAUUUUCUUUUUCAUAAUUUUAUAUAUACUGAGACUUGAUCGAUUAAUAGACUUUUUAUUUUGGCCUUUGCUUGAUAUUAUCAACUCAAUGGUAGCAGUAGUAUUCAUGAUAAUCGUAUCUGUGUUGGCACUGUUACCAGAAACCACAACAUUUAUAGUCCUUGGAGGGGUGUUUGGACUCCUGACAGCAGUGUGCUGUAUUGCCGACGGGGUCCUUAUUUACCGGAAGCUUCUAUUUAAUCCAAGUGGUCCUUAUCAGAAACGCGCUAUUCAUGACAAAAUAUAA